GUCAGUUCUCGCGAGAGCGGCGCGGUGUCACUCCAGCAGUUAGCACAGCUAGCGCACCUCCAGCCUUCUGUCGUCCUCCUCCUCCUAGCCAGACCGCCAUGGACGGUUCGGGAGCCUCCGGGGAGGCCGAGCGGCCUCGGCAUCACCCCUUUUUGAUAGGAGUCAGCGGGGGAACGGCCAGCGGGAAGUCUACAGUCUGCGCCAAGAUCAUGGAGCUGCUGGGGCAGCACAUGGUGGACCACCGCCAGAGGAAGGUGGUUAUCGUGAGUCAGGACUGCUUCUACAAAGUCCUGACCCCAGACCAGAAGGCCAAGGCCCUGAAAGGCCAGUACAACUUUGAUCAUCCAGAGGCAUUUGAUACCGAGUUAAUGUACCAGACCUUGAAGGAUAUCGCCGAGGGCCUUGUGGUUGAAGUGCCGACGUACGACUUCGUCACCCAUUCCAGGUUAGAGGACAGGAUCACGGUUUACCCGGCAGACGUCGUGCUCUUCGAAGGGAUCCUCGUCUUCUACCCGCAGAAGGUGCGCGACAUGUUUCACAUGAAGCUGUUCGUGGACACGGACUCGGACGUCAGGCUGUCUCGCAGAGUCCUGCGAGACAUGAGCAGAGGGAGAGACCUGGAGCAGAUUCUCGGUCAGUACACGACGUUCGUCAAGCCCGCCUUCGAGGAGUUUUGCUUACCGACUAAGAAGUACGCAGACGUCAUCAUUCCCAGAGGAGUCGAUAACAUGGUGGCUAUCAACCUCAUCGUGCAGCAUAUCCAGGACAUCCUGAACGGCGACCUGUGCAAGUGGCAGCGCGGCUCCAUGAACGGCCAGGGGCGGAGCCUGAAGCGGGCCAUCGGCGAGCAGAGCGACCUGCCGAACGGCGCCGCCAACCUGCCGGGGAAGCGAGUCCUGCUGGAGCCCAGCAGCCGGCCGCACUGAGCAAACGGAGCGGCAGUUUUGAGCCUCUGCUGCUUAUUUGUGCAUCGCGGAUGAGAAGUUUCUCAUCCGUUUUUAAACAUGACGACUUGCUGCGAGCAUCCAGCGCUGCAGAAUCACGUCAGUAUCAUUUCUUCUUUAAAUGUACAGUCUUCCCCGAUGCUCUCUUUUUAAUGUCAAAACAUGUUGCUGAGCUGGAAGGUCCUUGAAGUGGAUGGUAGAAUUCUCUGCACGCUCUCCCACCUGGACCUGACCACGAAAAGAAUGUUGUUAGUUGCUCUAAACGAGAUUCAUAUAUUUAAACUAUAGUAAUAUUAAGCUACUGUCUCACUGCGUUCGUUGUUUCUCUGUAUUUAUGUGGCAUUGAGGACUUAGCACUGCCUUAAGAUUUGUUGUUUUUUUU